AUGGAGUUCGCCCGGAGCAGGUGGUUCCCUGGCUGCGCUUGGAGGAGGUACCCGGGGAUAAUAGCGGUUGUUGCAGCGCUGACCGUGACACCGAGUACGCAGGGAUCCGUAGUGGUUCCCUUCACCUGCGCGAAGAGCUGCUACUCCGGUACCUGUGUGAACGGGAGCUGCGUGUGUGACCACGGCUGGGUGGGGGACCGGUGCCAACACUGCCAGGGACGGUUCAGGAUCACAGAGCAGUCGGGCUUUCUUACAGACGGACCGCUCAACUACAAGUACAAGACCAAGUGCACCUGGCUGCUCGAGGGAUUGCCAAACUCAGUUCUGCGUCUGCGCUUCAGUCACUUUGCCACAGAGUGCAGCUGGGACCACAUGUACGUGUAUGACGGAGACUCCAUCUUCUCUCCGCUCAUCGCAGUCUACAGUGGCCUGGUGGUCCCAGAAAACCGAGGGAAUGAGCCCAUCCCAGAAGUGGUCACUACCUCUGGAUACGCCCUACUGCACUUCUUUAGCGACGCAGCCUACAACCUCACCGGCUUCAAUAUCCAGUACUCGCUGAACUCAUGUCCUAAUAACUGCUCGGGCCAUGGGCGCUGCAGAGUGCUGAGCGCGGGAACAGGGAGGGUCUACUGUGACUGUGAGGAGCACUGGAAGGGAGAGGCCUGCCACAUCCCCUACUGCCCCAACAACUGUGGUUCCCCCGACCACGGCUACUGCGACCUGACCGGGGAGAAGCUGUGUGUGUGCAACGACAGCUGGCAAGGUCCAGACUGUUCCCUGCCCGUCCCCUCGGCUGAUGCAUUCUGGCAGCUGCCCAGUGUGAAGCCCUUUCCCCAGUCCCUCAGCCGGGCGUCCCAUCAGGCUGUGCUGCACCAGGGGCUCAUGUGGGUGGUCGGGGGGUACUCCUUCAACUACUCCAACUACCACAUGCUCCUCAAUUAUGAUCUGGGCAGCAGUAGAUGGGACAUGGUAGCGGUGGGCUCUGGUCCUCUGUACAGAUAUGGACACUCUCUGGCCCUACACCAGGAUGAUCUCUACAUGUUCGGGGGUAAGCUGGAGCAGGGAGCGGCUAACGUUACUGAUGAGCUGUGGGUGUUUAACAUCCCCAGGCGUGUGUGGACCCCCCUCAGCCCAGCCCCGGGGCCCCUCUGCCCUCUGGAGGGACACAGUGCCCACAUGGUCACCCGGGAGGACGGGCAGACGGUCAUGCUGGUGUUUUUUGGCUACUCUCCGGUCUACGGCUACCUCAACGAAGUUCAAGAGUACCACAUUGGUGAGAAGUCAUGGCGGGUGCUGUCCUCUCGGGGUGCUCUGGUGCAGGGCGGCUAUGGCCACAGUAGCGUGUAUGAUCAGGACUGUGGCUGUGUGUUUGUGCACGGAGGAUACAAGACUCAGGGACACAACAAGUUCGGCCUGGUGGACCACCUGUACCGCUACCACGUGCACUCCAGGACAUGGUGGAUCCUGAAGGAGAGCGGCCUGGCGCGGUAUCUCCACUCGAUGGUGCUGCUGAGUGGGACUCUGCUGGUAUUUGGAGGAAACACCCACAACGACACUUCCCUCAGCAAUGGAGCCAAGUGCUUCUCUGCAGACUUCCUCAGCUAUGACAUUGCCUGUGACCAGUGGACCGUCCUCCCCACACCAUCUCUUCCUCUGGAUGCCCAGCGCUUUGGACACUCAACUGUAGUCAGCAACGGCUCCAUGUACAUAUUUGGUGGAUUCUCUGGCGUCCUGCUGAGUGACGUCCUGGUCUACACUGCCCCGUCCUGUCUGGCCUUCUCUGACCUGUCCCGCUGUGCCAGUGCUGGACCGGGCAUACGCUGCCAAUGGGUUCAAGAGUCCUGCGUUGCCUGGCAACCACAGUCACAUGACAUGAGCUCCUGGGCUCCCCUUUGCCCACCCCGACCAGCGAGCCCUGAUGAGCAGUGCCUCAUGCUGGCAGACUGUGGCAGCUGCACAUCCAGCUCUCGGGGCUGUCAGUGGUGUGAGGAGCACCGGUGCAUCUCUGUCCACAGUAACUGCACAGUGCUGAGUGUGGACGCAUCGCUGCAGCAGACAGGGGGCGCUCUCUCCCUGGCCCCUCCCUCCUCACUGUCCGAGCAGCAGCUGAGCCUGUGGAAGCACGGAGCCCAGAGGAGGGGGCAUUCGGUGAGGGAGUGGUCGCGGUGCCGGCACACACAGGAGCACGACUGCCUCAGACUGAACACCUGUAGGGCCUGCGCUCUUAGUCCUCACUGUCAGUGGGACGUGCAGCAGCAGGAGUGCCAGCUUAUACCAGGUGAGGUGUGUGAGGACGGCUGGCACCACGUUGGAGAGUCCUGUCUGAGGAUCAACUCCAGCUCGGACAGUUACGACAAUGCCCAGCACUACUGUAAGAACCAGGGAGGGAACAUCGCCUCUCUGCUCACCCACACACAGGUCACCCACGUUUUGGAGGAGCUCAGCAAACACCAGCAGCUCAGCAAGAAGCUGUCCCCCUGGGUAGGCCUCAGGAAGAUAAACGUGUCCUACUGGGCAUGGGAGGACAUGUCCCCAUUCACCAAUAGCAGCCUGCGCUGGUUACCGGGGGAACCGAGCGACUCUGGGUUCUGUGCGUACAUGGAGCGGGCGGAGGUAGUAUCGCUAAAGGCUAACCCCUGUACCGCCAACACCGAUGGACUCAUCUGUGAGAAAGCUGCAGGCAGAGUGGAGAGCCCUGUGUCACGCCCAUGCAGACUGCCCUGCUCCCUGAGGACCAGCUGUAAAGAGUGCACCAGCCAGCCCAUGGAGUGUAUGUGGUGUGGCAGUACUCAGCGCUGUGUGGACGCUUCCGCCUAUGUCCUGUCAUUCCCCUAUGGACAAUGCCUGGAGUGGCAGACCCAAGACUGCUCUGCUGAGACCUGCUCGUCCCUGCGCACCUGCUCCGAGUGCCUUCAGAGGGUGCAGUGUGGCUGGUGUGCGGGCCCCUCUGACACUGGGAGAGGUGUGUGUAUGGAGGGGUCCUACAGAGGGCCCCUGAAGCCCCUGACCACCAGCAUCACACAGGGGCCCGGGGCCACAGGACUGAGGGCCCUCCACAUGGGACUGGACCAGAGCAUGUGUGCGGCGGAGAGAGGCUUCAACUGGAGCUUCAUACAGUGUCCUGCGUGCCAGUGUAACGGGCACAGUCGCUGUGUCAACUCCAGUGUGUGUGAGCGCUGUGGAAACCUCACCUCAGGAGCUCACUGUGAGACCUGUGUACCCGGGAACUACGGGGACCCCACCAACGGAGGACACUGCCAGGCCUGUAGGUGCAACAACCAUGCCAGUGUGUGCCACAUGAGCACAGGGAAGUGUCACUGCAGCACCAAGGGCAUCAAGGGCGACCAGUGCCAGCUGUGUGACUCAGAGAACCGUUACCUUGGCAACCCACUGAGAGGAACAUGCUACUAUAACCUGCUGAUCGAUUACCAGUUCACCUUCAGCCUGCUGCAGGAGGACGACCACCACUACACUGCCAUCAACUUCAUGGCCACUCCAGAGCAAGUCGGCAAGAACCUGGAUAUGUUCAUCAAUGCCUCCAACAACUUCAAUCUGAACAUCAGCUGGUCCCUCAGCUCCACAGCGGGGACCAUUUCAGGAGAAGAGCUGUCCAUCAUCUCCAGGACCAACAUCAGGGAGCACCGAGACACCUUCUCCUGUGACAAAUUCAACUUCAGAGUCCACCACAACGUCACCUUCUAUGUCUACUUGUCCAACUUCAGCUGGCCAAUCAAGAUACAGAUCGCCUUCUCUCAGCACAACUCCAUCAUGGACCUGGUGCAGUUCUUCGUCACCUUCUUCAGCUGUUUCCUGUCUCUGCUGCUGGUGGCUGCAGUGGUGUGGAAGAUUAAGCAGACCUGCUGGGCCUCAAGACGCCGAGAGGCACUGAUGAGGGAGCGGCAGCAGAUGGCAAGCCGCCCCUUCGCUUCGGUCGCUGUGGCGCUGGAGGUGGGCGAGGACCAGGAGGAGGUACAGGCGGUGCCCAAUCCCAUUGCUGUUGAGCCGUGCUGGGGAAGCAGAGCCGGAGUCCUCACACUACUGCUCAAUCUACCCCGAGUGAGAACAGGAACGCCCCCUCCUGGACAGUCAGGUUUGGCUCUGGUCAGCGCUCUGGUGGACACGUCUCUUCAGAGGAGCAUGGACUUUAAGGACAGAGGACUAAGGCACCGCAGACACACAUUCCACCACCAGGGGACGUGUGUCUGACC